AUGUGCUCAGCUCAUUCCUCCUUCUCACAUGCUCCUCCUCCUCCCUCUCCCGGCUCCUUCUGCUCCCCUCCCUUCCCUCCCGUCUCUUUUCUCUCCUCCCUUUUCUCCCCCUUGCCCUCCCCUCCCUGCCACUCCCCUUCCCCCCCGUCAGAACGCAGCCUGGGCUACAUCCCCCCCCCCCAGCAGGGAUCUCGCCAAGCUGCCCAAUCUCAACACCGUCUCGCGCUACCUCACCGUGGGUCGCACGCUCGACCCCGCCUCGCAGAAGCUCACGUGCAGCCUAAACCGCUGCUGCUAUCGUACAAAAGUCUCGGCUACACCCCCCCCACCACCAAGGACCUCAAUCCCACCAAGCUGCCAAAUCUCAACACCGUCUCGCGCUACCUCACCGUGGGUCUCACGCUCGACCAAACUUCCCAGAAGCUCACGUGGUCCUUCCCACCCAGCGCGGACCACCGCCCGCUGCUCUUGCCUGACGACAACUUCGACCAGGGCAACUGCGGCUCCUGCUGGGCGUACGCUGUAGCUCGGGCGAUUCAGGGCGCGUAUGGUGCCGUGACAGACACGUACCCCGAGGGGCAGCCGCUGUCCGUGCAGCAGCUCGUGGACUGCACUGGCUCUGCUGCCUCCUGCCGGGGGGGUUACCCUGAGGCAGCGCUGCAGUACGCGGCGAAGAACGGGCUGCAGUAUGAGCAAGACUACGCGUAUACGGGAGCCACCGGCAAGUGCAGCGCGAACAAAACGAUGGUGCCACUGCCGGGGCCGCUGGGGCUCAUUCUCGCGCUGCAGAAGCAGCCCGUCAUCGUCACCAUCCGCGCCUCUGCGCAGGACUUUAUUGACUACUCGGUGAGUUGA